GUUACAUGAGUGGAACAAACAAAACAAGAAGAAUAAGAAGGGGAAAGAGUCACUUACUAGUGGGAUAAAAUUUAACUUUUUCUCCAACAUAAAAAGUAAAAUUUCUUUGAUAUAAAAUGACAAUAAACUUACAAUAUUAAUUACAUUCUUUCUCACGCAUGCAUUUAAAUUACUUUGAAAAAAUUCUCAUGUUCACACACCCAUAAUUGUCUAUAAAUAGCAUACCAUACCAUUGCCUCGUUACUCCAUUAGCUAGUCUUCAAUCCUUCAAAUACCCAAAAGCAAAGGACCAUAAUAUCGAAUCCCCACCACAAGCAAUGGCAUCAACAACAAUUCUGAUCAUUGUUCUUUCCCUAGCCAUCUCAACUCAAUCAAUUCUUAGUAUGGACAUCCUUUGUGAGGACCUCGAUGAGAAAUCAUGUGCGUUCUCUGUGUCGUCAUCCGGCAAGCGAUGCGUGCUUGAGAGUCGCCUGCGCAUGAGUGGGACGACUACUUACACAUGUGGGACCUCCGAGAUCGUGGCUGACAAGAUUAGAAACUUGCUCGAGACCGACGAGUGCAUCAGGUCGUGUGGGGUCGACAGGCAAGCACUUGGCAUAUCGUCCGACUCGCUCCUUGACCGCAGGUUUGCCCAGAGCCUAUGCUCGAGAGCAUGCUAUAACAACUGCCCUAACAUCGUCGAUCUCUACUUCAACCUUGCAGCCGGAGAAGGGGUUUUCCUCCCGAUGUUCUGCGAGAUGCGUCAAUCAGGCGCACGUCGUGGGAUGGUCGAGUCCAUUGGGCUUAAAAGCUCUGGGAAUGUGCCCGGAAAGCAAGCACUUGGGCCACAAUCAGCAACAUCUCUUGACGAGGAGGCUUUAAGCCCAGAGUCGGCAUCUCUUAACGAGGAGGCUUUAGGCCCAGAGUCAGCAUCUCUUAACGAGGAGGCUUUUGCUCUGGAAUCAAAUUCUCUAUACUAAGACGAUGACGAGGAAAUCAGCUCCCCGAGCUCAAACUCAAGCCCAAUACCAUUAAAUUUGUGGCACAAAUAAAUAGAAUCACCUGGGGUGGAAUCGGCCCGAAAAAGGCCUUGUAUUAUACAACUAGGAAACUUGGCAAACUGAAAUAAGGAUAUUAAUCCAUGUACUUAUUGUCAUGUUGUUUUUAUUUUUCAGCCAUACUAUUGGAAUGAAUAAAAUACUAAUGUCCUAAUUGUCGGCUCAUACAUAUUUGGACACAAAUUCUUGUAUAAAUUGGCUUAGUCGUUGUGGGUUGACCCGGCGUGUCUUUUUUAUGAAAAUACAUAUUUAUGUUAUUAUAUGUUAUGGUUUUAUUAAUGUUUUUCUGUAGCAUGUAAUUUGAGGUUAAAACCAUGCAUAAUUAUCGGCAGAAUAUAAUUGAGU